CAGAGAACUGGGGUGGGGUGGGGGGAGGAAGCUGGGAAGAAGGGCUCUGUGUUUCCCCUCCCCAGGCGUGGCUGCAGGAGGAGCUGCAAGUGAGCGUUUGGACUGGGUUGCGCAGCAGCGGAGGAGACCUGUGGAGCUGGGCGGAUGGCGCCCCUUUCAACCCAGUUUUGCGGCGGUUCAUGUCCUCCUGGGGAACCCCCCGCACGAUGACCUGCAUGGUCGCCCUGCCCUCGGGAUUCCUGAAGGCCGAGCCGUGCCACCGGCCUCACCGAUGGAUCUGUCAGGUCCCACACCAGACGGACUCCUACAUGACCUUCCCGGGGAAAUCCUUCUAUGGGGCUCUGUCCGUGGAUCUCAGCUUCCGGUCACUGCGGGUGGCCCGGCGUCAGUGCAGCGCCUUGGGCCGGGGCUGCAGCGGGGUGCUCAGCACCACCGCCGGCCACCGCCUCAGCCUGGGGACCCGCUUCGUCACCCUCCGGGGCUCGGCGGCCGACCCUGCUGCCACCGUCCAUGUGAAGAUGAGGUGCUCGCCCGGCUAUUCUGGGCAGGACUGCCAGUCCAUGUGCCCCCCCUGCGAACCCCGGCUGAGCUGCAACCCCCUGAGCGGCCUUUGUGAGGGCCUCCUCCAGGACGGGCCGGCGCCUGAUGCCACAGUCUCCUCUCUGAAGUGCCUGCCGUUGGGCGUGUGGGUCUUCGAGCGGGGGGUUUGCCUGUCUGCAGAGUGCUACGACGAGCGGGAGGAAGCCGCCUCCGCUUGCCAACGCUACCUGGGCGCAACCGUGACGAAGAUCAGGCCUCUGCUGGGACAGGCCCCGGAGGGCUUCGCUGGACCACAAGCAAGCGGCGUUGAGCCCGACAGUUUCCUUUGGGCUUGCCAACGAGCGGAAGAUGUGGAGCUGCCCUACUUCCAGGAGAAGCUGCUCAUUUCCCUCCUGGGCCCGACGCCCCACCAGAGGCAUCGCUCUUUGCCCGAAGCCCAGGCGGCCUGCUACCUGGAGGAAGAACGAUGCACGGGGAUCCUGACCCUCAAUGGGGCCCAUUACACGGUGGGAGGGACUGUGCUGGUCGACAGCCCGGGCUCGGGGGCCGUCCUCUACGUCAAGGCAGCGUGCUCCCCGGGCUUCUGCGGGGACCGGUGCCAAAGGCGAUGCUCCCCUUGCUUGAGCACCCAAGUCUACAACCCGCUGACUGGCCGCUGUGAUGGGCUCCUGCGCUGCGUCCGCCGAUUCAGCCCUUCCUGCGCUCACGGUUUAGUCCACGCGCAAUGCCCGCAGCAGCCCGGCUGGUGGUUCUGGGGCGGGCACUGCUAUUACGUCGAGGAGCACAGCGCCAAGGACUGGCGGGGGGCCCAAGCAGCUUGCAAGGCGCAUGGCAAGGAGAUGGACCUGCUGACGCUCAGCAGCAGCAGAGAAAAGGCAGGGACGGGCUCGCCCUGGAGCCCCUGCCCGACAGAGAGAGGGUGGAGCCACUGGAACGGGAGCUGCUACUUCUGGGACCCGUUGUUGUCGGUGGGCAGCUGGACGGAUGCCCUGCGGGCCUGCCGGCGGUUCAAGGGGACGGAGCUGCUGUCCCUGAGGUCGCCCCAGGAGAGGGAUUGGGUCCACCGGAACUUCAGAGGCUCUUUCUGGACGGGCUUGAACGAUCGGAAAGCAGAAUCCGUCUUUCGCUGGACAACGGAAGAGCCCCUGAGCCGGGAGAUGGCCCCGUAUCUGCGGGACGACCUGGCAGAUGGUGGCCUGAAGGACUGCGUGUGGUUCGAGGCGGCCACCGGCCUUCUCCGCGACGCCCCUUGCGAGGAGGAGCGGCCCUUCUUGUGCAAACGCAGCGAAGCCACGGACUGGUUUGAGGAGCGUCCGGGCCGCGGCGUGGCCGGACUCGGAGAGCCCCAGCGGCUCUACCCUUCGGCAGCGAGUUUGGCCCAGGCGAAGCGGGAGUGCCUCCAGGAGCGCCGCGUCUGCCUCGCCGUCCUCCAAACCGGCUCGGGCUUCUACCUGAUCAGCUCCCUGGAAGGAACGGCUCCAGAGGCCGAAUCCACGCUCUUCGUGCGGACCCUUUGUGCAGAGGGCUUCGGUGGCCCCGACUGCCGCGCGACCUCGGCGCACCCACCGCGCCCAGCCUGCGACUGCAGUGGCAAAUUUCAGACCACGGCGGAGAAAGUCUGCGGCGUCCCUGUUCAGACCUGCGUGGACGACUGCAGGCGGGCGACCUCCUGGAGCAACUGCUCGCUCUGCCUGCCUGCCUGCACUGAGGCCAGCCUGAGCGGUCUGGAUCCGGAAGAGCUUGCCCUCAUCACCAUGAUUCAGUUCAAAGUGUCCCACUCUCUCAACCUGACCGAGGAGGAUGAACGGGACCAAAGGAAAUCUUCUAAAAUUAUCUAUGAUGCCAAAUACCCGUGA